CAGAGCAGCGGCCGCGCGCGCUGACCUCCGCUCUCCAUAACAAUCAUGGCGGAGACGGAGAUCCCGGAGUGCAUAACGGAGCACGAGCGGAUUCUGCAGGAAAUCGAGAGCACCGACACGGCCUGCGUGGGUCCCACUCUUCGGUCUAUUUACGAUGACCAGCCCAACGCUCACAAGCGGUUCAUGGAAAAGCUCGAUACUCGGAUAAGGAACCAUGACCGGGAGAUUGAAAAGAUGUGCAACUUCCACCACCAGGGGUUUGUGGAUGCCAUCACGGAGCUCCUGAAGGUCCGGGCCGAUGCCGAGAAGCUGAUGGGUCAAGUGACUGACACUAAUCGAAGACUCCAGGAAGCAGGAAAUGAAGUGACGGCUCAGACGGAGGAGGUCAUCCGCUGUCGCAUCCAGCAGAGGAACAUGGCCACCACCGUGGAGAAGCUCCAGCUUUGUAUUCCAGUGCUUGAAAUGUACAGCAAACUGAAGGAGCAGCUGACAUCCAAAAGGUAUUAUGCUGCACUAAAAACCAUGGAGCAACUGGAGAAGGUGUACAUCCCGAGAGUGAGUCAGUACAGGUUCUGUCAGAUCAUGGCUGAAAACCUGCCCAAACUCAGAGAAGAGAUCAAGGACAUCUCCAUGUCGGACCUGAAGGACUUCCUGGAGAGCAUACGAAAGCAUUCUGACAAGGUUGGAGAGACCGCGAUAAGACAGGCGCAGCAGCACAGGACCUUCCUCAGCACAGUAGCAAAGCAGGCCGGCUUAGACCACUACACCAAACCUGUGUACUCUCUGAAUGGACGAGCACACUCGCACAUGUCCAACGGUGUUCUGAUGGAGGCAGGAGACGAAGAGGACGCUGAAGAUGAAAUCCUCACAGCUCAGGACCUGGUGGACUUCUCUCCUGUCUACAGAUGUCUACACAUUUACACAGUGCUGGGCGACAGAGAAACCUUUGAGAACUACUACAGGAAACAGAGGAAAAAACAAGCACGGCUGGUUCUGCAGCCACAAGCUAACAUGCACGAGACAGUGGAAGGCUACAGAAGAUACUUCAACCAGAUCGUAGGGUUUUUCGUUGUGGAGGAUCACGUUCUUCACGCCACACAGGGCCUGGUGACCAGAGCGUUCACGGAUGAACUUUGGAACAUGGCCUUGUCCAAGAUCAUUGCUGUGCUGCGCACACACUCUUCUUACUGUGAUGAUCCCGAUCUGGUUUUGGAGCUGAAGAACCUCAUAGUUAUCUUUGCUGACACGCUGCAGGGUUACGGUUUCCCGGUCAGUCGACUCUUUGACCUGCUGUUUGAGGUCCGAGACCAGUACAACGAAACUUUGCUGAAGAAAUGGGCUCUGGUGUUCAGGGAGAUCUUUGAGACGGACAACUACAGUCCCAUUCCAGUUGAAACAGAGGAGGAGUAUAAAGUGGUGGUGAGCCGCUUCCCCUUCCACGAUGCUGAGAUUGAAAAGCAAAGCUUUCCAAAGAAGCUGCCCAUGUCCCAGUCUGUCCCUCAGAUCUACUCGCAGGUCAAAGAGUUCAUCUAUGCCAGCCUCAAGUUCUCCGAGUCGCUGCACCGCAGUUCAACAGAAAUCGACGACAUGUUGAGAAAGUCCACCAACCUGCUGCUGACCAGAACUCUCAGCAGCUGUCUGCAAAACCUCAUCAAGAAACCCCACAUAGGACUGACCGAGCUGGUUCAGAUCAUCAUCAACACCACCCACCUGGAGCAGGCCUGCAGGUACCUGGAGGAGUUCAUCACAAACAUCACCAACGUCUCUCCAGAAACCGUCCACACCACCAGACUCUACGGUUUAUCCACGUUUAAGGAUGCUCGGCAUGCUGCAGAAGGAGAAAUCUACACUAAACUGAACCAGAAGAUCGAUGAGUUCAUUCAGCUUGCAGACUACGAGUGGUGCAUGGCCGAGUCGGACGGCCGCGCCUCAGGAUACCUCAUGGACCUGAUUAACUUCCUGCGCUCCACCUUCCAGGUCUUCACACACCUUCCGAAUAACAACAAUGACCAUGCAUCAAUGUCGGGGAAGGUUGCGCAGACGGCUUGCAUGUCUGCCUGCAAGCAUCUGUCCACAUCGCUGAUGCAGAUGCUGCUGGACUCUGAGCUGAAGCAGAUCAGCAUGGGAGCCAUUCAGCAGUUCAACCUGGAUGUUAUUCAGUGUGAAUUGUUUGCCAGCUCAGAGCCGGUUCCUGGCUUCCAGGGAGACACGCUGCAGCUGGCCUUUAUCGACCUGCGACAGCUCCUGGAUCUGUUCAUGGUUUGGGAUUGGUCGACUUACCUGGCGGACUACGGCCAGCCGAACUCCAAAUACCUGAGAGUGAACCCCGCCACAGCGCUGGCUCUGCUGGAGAAAGUCUACAGAGGGAUGAAAGACACCAGCAAAAAGAACAACAUCUUCUCACAGUUCAGGAAGAACGACCGCGACAAGCAGAAGCUGGUGGAGACUGUGGUCAAACAGCUGAGAAGCCUGGUCAACGGCAUGUCCUCCUAAACCCAAACGUGGAGCCGCUCUGCACUGACGGGACAACCGGAAGACACACUAACAGCAGCUCUGUAGACACACACCAGUUCAUCUUCACACCUGAAUCCCUGAUGGAGACGUUUCCAGCAGGUAGACAGGGCCGUCCAUGUGUGGCAGUGAGAGUGCACGGAGGGAGCGGCGGCGUCUGCAGCACAAACAGUGAGGAGGUGUUGGGACGUGAGCUCAGGUCCAGAUUGACCCAUGAGGACCCACUGUCUCUGCUGCACAGUCACCCGGACACAGUGGACACGUCUCUGCUUUUAUUUUGAAAAGAAACGCAGCUAGGUUACAUGAUCUAAAAAAACAUUUACUUAUAUUGUAAUUAGCUGUUAGGUUUGAUAAUGACUUUUUAGUGUUAUUGGAAGUCAUCUAAAAAUGAGAAAAACAUAAAAAUCAGUCUGGGAGUUGGACUGUGACAGGUUCACAGAAACAUUUCAGAUGUGUUCAACAUUUCAAACAAAAAACAUCAUUUGGAGUAGGAGAUAUGGGAAAAAAUUAUAUCACGAUAUAAAUUAUUUUAUGAAUGAAGAUAUUUGUCACAAUAUAAAACAAUGAAGUUUAUAUUCAGUUAUUUUAAAAAAACUCUCCAUAGUUUUAUUUUGAAAAGAGGAAGCUUCACUGACACUUUAUUUUGAAGAUUUGUUUACUUUCGGUGACAGUAGCACCGCUCAUUUUGCAGGAAUCCUGGAUUCAUCCUGGAUCAGGAACAAUCCGGAUGUAAACGUUUAGAAGGAAGCUGCUGCAUCAAACUACUGCAGGAGUUCAGGUCCUGAACGGAUCCGAAUGAGGAACAGUAGAAGGAGCCUAAGGCCCGGUUCACACUGGACACAGAGCAGAGGCCCUUCCAUUCGGUGAACU